UCACGGGUUUGUUUACGGUUGAGUCGCAGCUGUUUUGUGUUGAUGCCCCGCGAAAGCAAGGUGCUCGCGGUGUGACGUCACUUUAUUUAUACAGCAUUUCACACCGGUGCAAAAUUCGAACGCUGUCCAGCGAUCUCAGGCCAUGAUUCGAAGCUGAAUUUUCAUCUGCCACGUCACUAUCGACUCUUCUUCAUCAGCGCACCGGAAGACCAAAACAGUUUCACUCUUCACGUCAAAGAGAUGACCACAGUAAUUUUGCUUCUGGUAUUGUUCCUUUGCCCCGACACCUCAAGAUCGGCUUCGGAUGACACUCAACCUUCGAGUCCAGAAGCUGCAGCUCCGCUAAAGCUUCUGCCCUCCGUUGUCAUCGCCGUUCAAGUUCGGAACAAAGCCUACACCCUUCCUUAUUUUCUGACCGCCCUGGAGAACUUGAAUUAUCCAAAAGACCGCCUUUCACUUUGGAUUCGUAGUGACCACAACGAAGACAAUUCUCUGGCAAUUUUAAGACUCUGGCUGAGCUCUGUGGAGAGACAGUACCACUCUAUAAAUACUGAGUUGAGGUCUUCCAACCCUAAAAGAUUCGCUGACGAGACUAGUGCCACGCAUUGGUCAACGAUUCGAUUUGAACAUGUCAUCAAGCUCAAAGAGGAAGCCCUGCUCUAUGCAAGACAUGCUUGGGCAGAUUUUAUUUGGUUCUUGGAUGCAGACGUACUUCUUACAAACAUGAACACCCUGAGAGAUUUGGUAUUUAAAGACUUGACGGUGUCUGCUCCAAUGCUGGAGUCCGAUGGCAUGUACUCGAACUUUUGGUGCGGCAUGACCAAAAGCUUUUACUACAAACGGACAGAAGACUACAAGCCUAUUCUCAACCGAGAAAAGACUGGGUGCUUUGAGGUGCCGAUGGUGCACACAGCAGUGCUAGUCAACCUGAACCAUCUUCGUUCACAAAAUCUUACUUUCCUGAGCAAGAAAAUCCCUCACUAUGCUGGUCCAAAGGAUGACAUCAUCACCUUUGCACUUUCGGCAAAGCAUUUCAAUGUUCCCCUGCACAUUUGCAAUGAAGUGUUUUACGGCUACUUCACCCUUCCUUUGGAGGAAAACCAGGCUCUUGCUUUUGACGAAGCACAACUAGUCAACAUAAAAUUAGAAGCCAUUGUGGACCACGGCGGCCUCGAGUUGAGCGAGCUGAUGGCGCAAUUUGCUCCUCCGCCAGAGCGGGACACAUUGGGGUUGGAUAAAGUCUUCAUGAUCAAUCUCAAGCGGCGCACAGAUCGACGGACAAAAAUGAGGCAGUGCUUCAGUGAACUAGGCAUUGAGGCGAUGGAAAUAGAGGCAGUUGAUGGAAAGCUUCUAAACAACACUUCUCUUGUUUCCAUGGGAAUUGAGAUGUUGCCCAGUUACAUGGAUCCAUAUCACAAAAGACCUUUGACAAUGGGAGAAAUUGGUUGCUUUCUGAGUCAUUACAGUGUUUGGCAAAAGGUGGUUGAUGAAAAUUUGCAAGAAGUGCUGGUUUUAGAGGACGACAUCAGGUUUGAAAAUUUCUUCCGUGCAAAAAUGGCGCACCUCAUAAAGGAGCUGCGCAAUCUGAGCUUUUCCUGGGACCUUGUGUAUGUCGGUCGGAAAAAGCUGCAGAGCGAAGAUGAGCCUAAUGUGGACGGCUCGAAGAACUUGGUGUGGGUCGGAUAUUCGUAUUGGACCUUGGGCUAUUUACUGAGCCAAAGUGGCGCCCGGAAACUUCUGGAUGGACAGCCUUUGUCAAAGUUGCUGCCUGUUGACGAGUAUCUUCCUAUCAUGUUUGAUCGUCAUCCUGAGAUUGAAUGGAAGUCGUUUUUUGACAAGCGUUCUUUGGUUGCCCUCUCGGCGCAACCCCUGCUGCUGUACCCCACGCACUACACAGGCGAGCCGGGCUACGUCAGCGACACGGAAGAUUCGUCUCGCAUUUCCACCAGUCCGCAAGUGAAACGUGACGAUUUGUGAAAUAGCCCUUCAACAACUGCCACCCACGGAUUCAAUGUUGCGGAAUUCACGCUCAACUAAGCUGUAUUUUUAUUUGUGCCUUUUAUUUGCUGUUUCGAGUGAGCUUGGGCUGCAGUUUGGCAAUUAAGGCUUUGGCGAGGGUGUGCCGUUAAUUGCUCGAAACCAAUUAGAGUGCCAUUUUCUUCGCGUUUUCAGGACGUUCUUGCGAUUCCAUUUGCUUGUGAAUCUGUCUGAACCCGCGCUAAUCCAAUUAAGGAUGUUUUUUUUUUCGCCCAUGGAGGUCAACUUUGUUACAUGAGACGGGAGACCUCGUUAUUUUUCAUUGUUUUAACCCUAUCUGGGCGUAGUCUCUCAAGCAAGCACAUUCUCAUUUCUAAAAAAUACUCUUGGAAUUACGUAAAUUAAGGAAUAUUCAUAUUGCCAUUGUCAACAACAAUAGACACUAAUUUUGCCGUCAUUGGAGAACGAUAAUUUCAAAAUUAUACCAGCAUUAUUCUAAAGACUUGCUUUGACUUGUGCCAUUACUGAAGCCGACCUGCUCAAAUUUACAUAUACAAUUAUGUCUCAAAUAAUACCUUUCUCAGAUUUCUCACGUCAGACGCGUAUCAAUUUCAAUCCUGCAAAUAAUCAGAUAUUCAAUUCAGCUUUGAACUUUUCAUUUAUAAUUUACUUUUUGCCAUUAGUCACAAUGCUAGAUAAAUACAAUAUUAAUUUGAGGUAGAAUUUCACGAUCAAGGUUUGAUUCAUGAUGAUUUGAAUUUAAAAUCGGUUUCAAAUUUUGCAGAAAUUUUGUAAUUUGCGAUGAGCUUAUGAUGUAUAUCUACACUAAAAUAAAUUUACUGAAAAGCUGCUAUUUUUUGUUGAAACUAAAAAAAUUUAAGUGGUUUUUUGUUCUCAAGCCACGCUUUUGCGUUUUAAUCAAUGUUUAGUUCCAUCACCAUCAGGUCUUUACGUUAAACUUUGCACCCAACUUCUGGCUUUCGCCCGAUCAAGUAAUUUAAUUGUAUAAUUGAGUUGUCGUUAAGCUUGGCCCAAUGGAACUCUGAACAUUGUGUAAAUUUUAUGCUGCCAACGUAGCAACGGCUUUUACGCCCCUCAGCACAUCGCAACCAGCAACCCUUGCAAAUUCUCUCUGCCUCUUGAUGCUCAGUGAUCACCUUGAAUACAAAUUUCCCUUUAAUUUUCUCCAUUACACGGCUCCCGUCUGACCAGUUACAAAAGCAGUUUAACCUAGUCUUUUGCAAGUCAGCCAUGUUUUAUUGUUCACUUGCCAAAUUGUUUUCAAAUUUUAUGUGAAAGAGAAAAAUAAUGAAUGAAUUAUAGGACAAAAAGGAACCACUACUUUGCAAAUUUGUAUUAAACUCUGUCAUUUGUGCUGCAUGUACCCGUUUAUGCUAUGCCGGUCCUAUACGGAUAUCAGAAAAUCUAUAAUGUGAGCUAAAGUUGAGCCAAAGUCUUCCAGAUUAAGGAUGUGCUCUUAAUAAAAUUUGCCGUAACGGCUGCAGUAUUUUCAGAUUAAUGGACCAUUGAGCUGGCAGCACGUGCAGCCAUUAGCGCCGCGGCCAGCUCAUGGAAAAACGGAAUGAAGUCGUAUGCUUUCAUAGCCGGCCAUUUACCAGGAUUAACUCGAAUAUCAUUUUUGUGCCAUUAUUUAUCUCAUUAAUUGUAAGAUAGAACUCGACUGUCGCCGGAAAGAAAAUCAAAUUGAUUGGAUCUUUGUUUUUAUCACUAUAUUAUGUUUUCUAGAUAAUUAUUGUCACAAUAUAACAUGA